AUGACUGCACCGCAGGUGGCGGAGUUUGUCUUCUCCAUGUGGCUCGGCCACAACCGAGCAAAUCCUACGCCCUGCGUCCUGUACCAGCUCGGUGCGUCCUGGGGCCCCGCCCUGGCUCGCGGGCAGAUCUGGCGACUGGUGACUCCCGUCAUGCUCCACGCGAACUUGACCCAUCUCCUCUUCAAUGUGUUCUUCCAGCUCCGAAUGGGCUUCGGCAUGGAGAGGCAGUUUGGGCGAGAGAAGAUGAUGAUGAUUUAUUUCGCGUGUGGUCUUUUCGGCAACCUCAUGUCCGUGGCAGUGGACCCCUACAAGCUCGCAGUCGGAGCCUCCACCGCCGGGUUCGGGCUGAUCGGUGUCUGGCUCGCCGAGAUCCUCCUCUCCUGGGAGAUCUUGGGGCCAGCACGCGAGCGAACGGUGAUCUGGAUCGUUUUCAUGAUGAUCUCGGUGACCACAAUGUCGUCCAUGACGCCGAACAUGGACAUCUUUGGGCACUUGGGAGGAGCUUUGGGUGGAUUCCUGCUGUCCAUCGCCAUCAGUGACAUGAAGGAAGAGGAUCGCCCCGAGUGGUACGACCAGGUCCGUGGUGCGGCUGUGCUUGGCUUGAUCAUGUGCAUGGGCAUGGGCUUCACCAAGGCCUUCAUGGUCAACCCCACAGACCCGAUUCCCGAUUGCCAGAUCUUCAAGGCCCUCAGCGAUGCGCUGAAGGCAGCCUCCACGAGCCAUGGACACAUGGCCUGA